AUGGCGGACCCUAAGCGGGGAUCGGGAAGUGGGGCGAGGGCUCCGAUGCUGAGGGCUGGCAAGGCACACAGGCUGAGUGCGGAGGAGCGGGACCAGCUGCUGCCAAAUCUGAGGGCUGUGGGGUGGAAUGAACUGGAAGGCCGGGAUGCCAUCUUCAAACAGUUCCAUUUUAAAGACUUCAACAGGGCUUUUGGCUUCAUGACAAGAGUGGCCCUUCAGGCGGAAAAGUUGGACCACCACCCUGAGUGGUUUAAUGUGUACAACAAGGUACAUAUCACCUUGAGCACCCAUGAGUGUGCUGGUCUUUCAGAACGGGACAUAAACCUGGCCAGCUUCAUCGAGCAAGUUGCUGUGUCUAUGACAUAG